GUCAUUCACCGUUUUAGUCAGCCAGAGAGUCACAAUGCAGAGCGCCGACGCAGAUGCACACGUGGAGCAGGUUUUUAGAGAUAAUGGAGCGAAAGUAGUUCCCCUCAACCGCCACGACCCCGGACCCUCUCACAAACUAGAGGAGAGUCUCACACAGAGAUUAGAGUCUGCUGCAAUGCCCAACCCUUUGUCCCUGAAGAGUGACAGCUCCAUUUACCUGCCCCCAGAGUUCUCCCCUGAGCCAGUACAAGAACCACUAGAGGAGAGUCUCACACAGAGAGAAGAGUCUACAGUCCCCAGCCACAUGUCUCUGAAGAGUGACGGCUCCAUUUACCUGCCCCCAGAAUUCUCCUCUGAGCCAGUACAAGAUCCACUACACAGUCCUGGUGCAGCCUCAAGUUCGUUUUGCUGUGUUUGUGUGAGAACACUGUGUGAUCCAGUCAUUACCAGCAGAGGGCUCUACUGUCAACUGUGUUACUCUGAAAACAUGGACCAGUCCAGUUCAUCGCUACAAAGUGGCCAUAAAAGAUAUCUGAUGCUGAGAUAUGAACGCGUACAUGAAGGAACAAAUACGGAAAGUAAAACUUUUCUGAAUAAGAUCUACACUGAACUGUUCAUCACAGAAGGCCACAAUGAGUCAGUCAGUACUCAACAUGAAGAGAAACAGCUGGAGACUCUUUCCAAAAAUAUUGUCCCUUCUGCUGCUAUCAGGAUUCAUGACAUUUUUAAACCAUUACCAUCUGACCCCAGACCCACCAGGGUGGUACUGACCUAUGGUGUGGCUGGAGUAGGAAAAACCUUUUCUGUCCAGAAGUUCACUCUGGACUGGGCUCAGAAUUUAGAGAAUCAUGAUGUGGAUCUGGUGGUACCUUUGUCCUUCAGAGAACUCAAUCUAGUCAGACAGGGCUGUUACAGCCUGCUGACACUCAUACAAAUGUCGCAUGUCUCACUAAAUGAGAUCACAGCUGAAACACUGGCUCAGAGGAGAGUCCUGUUCAUCUUUGAUGGCCUUGAUGAGAGCAGGCAAACUCUUCCCUUCCACAAAUGUAAAGGCAUUACCGAGGUAACACAGAGAGCAAAAGUUGGGGUGCUGCUGGUGAACCUUAUCAAAGGUAUGUUGCUUCCUUCUGCCCUUAUAUGGAUCACAUCUAGACCAGCAGCAGCCAAUCAGAUAUCUGUGGAAUUUGUGGAUCGAUUUACUGAAGUUAGAGGCUUUGUUACAGGCAAACAGAAGCAGGAGUAUUUUAGGAAGAGGUUCAUGGAUGAGGAGUUGUGCUCCAGAGUCCUCACCCACAUAACCAAAUGCAAGAGCCUGAACAUCAUGUGCCAGAUACCAGUGUUCUGCUGGAUCACAGCCAGAGUCCUGGAGUACAUGCUGAGGACAGAGGACAGAGGAGCCCUGCCCCAGACCCUCACUGACAUGUACGCACACUUCCUGCUUGUGCAGACUCUCAGGAAAAGGAAGUACAGGCAGGAGGCAAGUGUUGUAGACCUGACACCGCUUGAUGUGGAUGUCAUUCUGAAGCUAGGGAAGCUUGCUUUCAAUCAUCUACAGAAAGGGAACUUCAUGUUCUACCAAGAAGACCUGCUUCACGUAGGUCUGGAUCUGACUGAAGGCUCACUCUACUCGGGACUUUGUACAGAGAUAUUCAAACAAGAGAGUGUAACUUUUAAUAAUCCACAAUCAAUCUACUGUUUUGUCCAUCUAAGUGUCCAGGAGUUCCUGGCUGCAGUUUACAUGCACUACUGCUUUAACAAAAAGAUAAAAAGGUUUUAUAAGUCCUGGAAACAUCACUCAACAAUUGACAUCUUUCUCAAAGUGGCUUUGAAAAAAGCUUUUGAAAGUCCAAAUGGCCACCUGGACCUGUUUGUGCGUUUUCUUCAUGGUCUCGUUCUGGAGUCCAACCAGGAGCUCUUGAAAAAUCUGCUGGAUCCCAUACAAACUGUCCCAGAGGUGAGACAAAAAGUCAUCAACAACCUGAAAGAAAUGAACGCUGGAGACAUCUCCCCGGACAGAAGCAUCAACAUUUUCCAUUGUCUGACAGAGUUACAUGAGCGCUCUGUCCAUCAGCACAUCCAGGACCUCCUGAAGACAGGGAAGAGGUCAGGAAAGCUGUCUGAGAUCCAGUGUUCUGCGCUAGCCUACAUGAUGCAGAUGUCUGAGGAUGUCCUGGAGGAGCUGGAUCUAAAGAAGUAUAACACCUCACCUGAAGGACGUCUGAGACUGCUCCCAGCUGUGAGGAACUGCAGAAAGGCUCUACUUUCUGACUGUAAACUCUCAAAGAUUCACAUUGAAGUUGUGGCAUCAGCUCUGAAGUCCAAUCCUUCUCACUUGGUGUUCCUAGACCUAAGUUUAAACCCUGAGGUGAAUUCUGAAAUGAAGGUCUUAUGUGAUGGACUGCAGAGUCCACACUGUCAACUUCAGACUCUAAGAUUAAACACUUGCUCUUUGUCAGAAUCCAGUAGUUCUUCUCUGGCCUUGUCUCUGAAGUCCAACCCAUCCCACCUUAGAGAACUAGCCCUGGGCGGUAAUGUGCUGAAGGACUCUACUGUUGCUCACCUGUGUGCUUUCCUGCAGAGCCCACACUGUCAGAUGGAGACCCUUAUAUUGUACCGAUGUGCUGUUUCAGAGUCAGGCUGUUUGGCUUUGGUCUCAGCCCUCAAGUCCAACCUUUUGCAUUUAAAAAAACUGGACCUGGGGUUUAUUGAGAUGAAGACAUCAGCAGUGGAGCAUCUGUGCAGUUUUCUGCAGAAUCCAGACUGUAGACUUGAGACACUGGAACUGAAUAACUGCAGUUUACCAGAGUCCAGCUGUGCUCUCUUCGCCUCGGCUCUAAAGUCCAACCCGUUGUACCUGAAGGAGUUUAUCCUGUGGGGGAACAACCUGAAGGAGGCAGACGUCCAGGAUCUUCUGGAGCUCAGGCAGAGUCCUCACUGUCAACUGGACAUACUACUCUGGCGGUAAUUAUUCGACAAAAGGAGAUGAGUGGUUAGAAAGCCUCAAACUGGACCAAACUGUUCUGGAUGCCUCCUGAAAAAGUUCUAGGCAUAUCCCACCGGGAGAAGGCCAUUGGAGGGAACAGGAUACAUUGGAUGGUCUACGUGACCUGGGAAUUUCUCCAUGGCCUAGUACCAAAGUACAUCUCCGACAUGUUAGUGCCAUAUGAACCAUCUCACACUCUGAGGACUUCAGGGACCGGCCUCCUGCUGGUGCCCAGAGUCAGGACUAAACAUGGAGAAUCAGUGUUUCAGUUUUAUGCAGCUAAAACCUGGAACAAUUUUCCUGAAGAUGUGAGACAGGCCUCUACUUUGACAAUGUUUAAAUCCGGGCUCAAUACUGUUCUGUUUAGCUGUGCAUAUGACUGAAAAGUUUUUAUUCUGCAUUUUUCUCUUUUAAUGUUAAUUUUAUGGUGAUUAUUUAUGUUUGGCUUUGUUGUAUUGUGAUUUUUAUUUUUUCUUAUACUGUAAAGCAUUUUGGAUUACUCUGUGUACAAAUUGUGCUUUACAAAUAAACUUACCUUGCCUU